CGCGAUCUAUAGCGUGUCUUGCCGACGUUGCAACGUGUUCAAUUCUCUUUCUAAUCUCGUCGGCUUGGCAACAACCUCGUUUGUUAUUGUUUAUUACUAGGCUAACGUCGGUUUCCUCCAUCGGUUAAUUUAUGCGAAAGUGACACGUGUCGGUGGUGGAAACAUUUUUGGAGAUUAAAGUGACAUUUAUUUCUCGAGGAUACGAUUUGAGAAGAGUGAAUCGAAGAAACGACAAUGCGAUAAACCACCCCAUUCACAUCCGUUACAAGAAACAUAUAAACCCGAACAGCGUCGCCAUACGUCCUACAGGGUGGUACCGAAAAAUCCUCAUCAUAGGUCAUCGCCCGACAAACCUUCCCCUCCUUAUCCCCACUCUCGAAGUCGAGCCGACCGCGAGCAUCUGUCACCAAGAUGACGUCAUCGCGACUCUGCCGAUCCGCAAACAGCACAGCGUUGCGUGCAUGACGGAUCCGGCGGCCAUGUUGUGUUUCGUGCACGGAUUCGAGGGGGGCAAGAAUGGAGGGGAGAAUGGAAAGCUGCAAAGCGUGAGGAAUAAGUUGUUGAGAAAAUCCAGGUCGUCGGGGAAUUUUGCGAGCGCGGGUCCCCGUUCGGCACCUGCCACGCCUCAGGGGCAGCUCGUGGCCCCCCAGGGGCUGCCAGAGCCCCUGGCCACUUCAACCAUUCAACGCAGUCCCAGCCAUUCGGUCUUUUCGAAAGCUGACAAGACAAACUUAAAGCACUUAAGCACUAGCACGCCUGCGAUGACAGCUCAAGGCCAUCUAGCGGAGCCGCCCAGUCCUAAGGCCGCCAAGGACCCCAAGGUGCGCACCACAUCCAAGGCGCGCCAAAAGAAGUUCCUCCGUCACUUCCCCAACGUGGAGGAAGACGAGAAAGUGCUCAACCAUUACUCCUGCGCCCUCAUCGGCGACAUCUUGCUCCAGGGCCACCUCUAUAUUACCAAAAACUACUUCGCCUUCUACUCCAACGUAUUUGGAUACGUAACUAAGCUUUUAAUACCUGUCCUAACUGUUGAAGAAAUCACGAAAGAGAAAACAGCUAAAAUAAUACCAAAUGCCGUCGGGAUCGCCACGAGUGAGGACAAACACAUCUUCGGGAGUCUGAUGUCCAGGGACAACACGCUGGCUUACAUGAAAACUGUAUGGGAAAAGGCGAAAUUAGAGGAAGCGAUACCGGAACCGGAAGUAACUGAGCCCGAUCAGGAUUCUUCAGAAUCAGCUGAAAGCGGAAGGGAAUCUCCUGCACCGGACAUGGUACUAUCCGGUUCUGAGGCUUUCUCAUGCCCCAACAUCGGCCCCUUAAGAAAAGAAAGUGUGAGAGGUCAAAAUGAUGGUUCCUUGUUAGAGAGAAAAGGCUCGAGAGGCUUUGUCAGGACGCUAAAAGAUGCCAUAACGGAAUUCAGGAAAUUGCCCAGGCAAAGUCUCAUUCUCGUCGCAACGACUCUACUUCUUAUACUACUGUUCCUGUCCGCGGCAGUUUUGCUCUAUCGAAUAAACAAAAUGCAAAAUAAAUAUUCCUUUACACUUCAAGACGCUUCACUGGUGUCAGCUUCUGAAGAUAUUUACAGCGAUAUUUUGCAAUGGCAGAGUCAACUACAUUCCAAAUCGGCUAAUGCUGUGAAUAAUUUUCUAGAUAAUAAUCUGGACCAGAUUGCUAAGGUAAGGCAGUCUCUGGAAGCACUAUCUACGCUGCUGAUAACGAAACCCGAGGAGUCCAGCAAAUCGGAACCACACUCCGAACCAGUCAAAAAUACUAGUUAGCGCAAUAUUAGUAAAAUGUCGUUAAUUAUUUUGUGCAUGGUCACUACUAAAACCUGCGCGUUUUGUGUUUAAUCUAAUAAUUCCAAAGCUGAGAACCUUUUCCGUAUAACGUUAGUGCAAAUAUUUUCUAAUAAGGUCUAAAAUUUUAAUAUUUAUGAAAUAAUUUUGUUUCAAAACCUAAUUGGAAGUCUACGAUAUCUUACUUCAAAUGAAAUAGAACUAGAAAAAAGGAUCUAUCUGCGUUUAUGAUCUUGCAGUUACCAUAGGAUCGUAAACAAGUAUAAUCUAGAGGGCCUGAAGUAUUUACUCCCGCUACUGGUAGUCAUGAAAUUAUGCUUGGCACUGACAACUGAGUGUAGAGUUUAUUUUUUAUCGUCUUAAGUUCUAUUGAAAUAAUACAUCAGUUACAUAGAAAAGCUUCCUUCACAUACAAAAUUCUUAUUAGAUUGGAAUUUUAAUGUUAAAAAGCAUUAUUUAUUUGCAACUUUUUUGUUGGAUAUAGAUAAAAGAAACAAGUUUAGAUUGGAAAGUGCACAUAAGUACAAUGUAAAUACUAUUUGGCGCUAUUCUUACAACGGUCGCUCUCCAAAGCUUUGAUAAUUUCGGGACUGUUCGGCUUUUUCCGGAAUUAUGUCGCCAAAUAUUAUUUAUUCAAAUGUAUUAUUAUUUUCUUUUAGUUUUUUAAAUAAACUACAGUGUGUUGCAUAUAUAAGAAACUUUAUUUUAUAUAAGGACAUGUAUGAAAUACCUAUGAAACAUUGAAAACCGAUGUUAUGCCACGGUCCACGAUGUUUUUUGCAGUUCACAGUUCACACAGCUUUUUAAGUUUUUAAUGCCACUUUUUCACAAUUAUCACGGGUUUGAGUGAAUAAAAUUAACAUUAAACUCACAACAUAGCAAUAAUUACUUUGAAA